AAGUAUUAUAUAAAACGUUCCAAAAACAGGUGAUAGCUAGUCGCCAUGGCACUUCUUUACCUUUGCAUUGGAUUAUUAAUCCAGGGCUCCUUUAUUUUAUGCGAAGAUGUAGCACCAGCGAAAGCAGAGCCUGCGGUGAAGGUGGCUGCGGGUGAAGCGGCCGAUCUCGCCGCGCAUGCGCACACUGAGACCCACGCCGAGCACGACGCACACGCGCACCACGCCCACGAUGCACACGCCCACGAUGCGCACGCGCAAGCCGCGCAGGCCGAGUUCUUCUCCAAAUUCUUCGGCUCCAGCCCCUUCUACCCCACCUCCUCCGUGGCCAUGAUGAGCCAGAUCAACGACUCCGACAAAACACCCGAGGAACAAAUCAAAGAAAUCAAGGAGCUGGCUCACAAGAUCGGAAACGAGAUCCAGUCUGAGAUGGCCAACUUGAUGCGGUUCGCUAUGACUUGCCUGAAGUACGAGCACGACCACGAACUGAACCCCGACCCCGAGCAUAAGCCACUGGAAGGACACGUUGACACCAACGAGAUCAGAGACAAGCGAUCGACCGAGUCGCCCAUGGACAGCACCAAGCUCAUCAUGCGGCUGCUGAACCACAUCAAGUCCAGCAACGAGUACCAGAACAUCGCCAUCGAGAAGAUGAUGACCGCCCAGCAGAUCGCCGACAAGUUCGGGAUCGAAUUCAACCCCGACCCGGACGUGCUGACCGAGCUCGCCUACGCCACCAACGAGAAGACCCAGGAGCUGACUGAUAUCCUGAAAGACGCUUGUGAGCCCAAGAACACCACUGUGGAAGUGGCUUUCGUGCCUUUGGAGGGAGAGUGCAAGGCUCCCACCAACGUGAGCGAUAAGGGUGCUUACUACGGGUACUCGGUGCAGCCGCAUCACGAGCACGCGCAGGGCUUCGUGCCGAUCAUGGAGCUGCUUCCGGAGCAGGUGCACCGGCCGGCGCGCGUGCAGCCCCGCCGAGUCGAGACGCAGAUCCCGCCUCCCCCCGCGCACCAACACCCUGCCCCGCACCACCACGCCGCGCCCCACCCCGCGCACCCCCAGCCCCACCCCGUGCACCCCCAGCCUCACCCCGCGCACCCCCAGCCCCACUUCGAGCAGCCCCAGCAAUACCGUGGCCCACCGGUGACACCUAAACCCGCUUUCUAUGAACCACCAAUGAUGUACACGCCAGCCCCAGAAUACUACCCUGGUUACUGUCCGGAGUUCGAGCCGUUCACCGCGGCCGCUAUAGUCAUAGAGGAAAUAGAGCUCCCUGAGCCUGAGCUGGUGGCUGAAGAGAUCGAGGAGACGGUGUCAUCGAGGAUGCUGGUGGAGCACGAGGCCCCUGGGGUGGCCACGGUGAGCCACGUCAUGACCUACACCGUCGAGGAGAAGGCGCACUUCAGGACCCCCCAGAUUGAGGAGCUGCCCGAACACGUGCAGUACAGCUUCCUGCUUAUGUAAGCGAGCGUAUUUAGAAU